AUGACGAUAGCAGUGGCCAACAGAGCUAGUAGCGUUAAAACAUUGGGUACCAGUAGUCUUGCAAUAAAGCAUGAGUAUGAUAGCAGAAACAAAUCGUCUUUAAACUUCUUUAGCGAUCAAACAACUUUGGAAGAUGGAAAUACAAGUUUUGAUGAAAAGGUUUUAUAUAUAAAAAGAGUAUUAAUUAACGAUUUUAGAUCAAAGAACCAUAUAGUAGAUAUGGGGAAAGCUAUUGGAAUUGAUGUCCCACCAAAAGAUACAAAGGCCAAUGUUUUAACUUUAAUGAUAGCAUUUGUAAAUGAUUAUUUAGAUCAAAAGAAAAAAAGGUUAGAAAGUAAUUCCUCAUGGGAUCCUAAUGGUGGUAAUUACAUUGAUCAUAAUGAAUUUUUUAAAACUCCAACACCUGGUCAACGUCAAGUUUAUAAUGAUGAUAUUAAUGAUGAUAAUGGUAAUAAUAAUAAUAAUAAUAGCAAUAACAAUAUCAAUACCAAUAACAAUAUCAAUAUCAAUACUAAUAUCAAUACCAAUACCAAUAAUAAUACCAAUAACAAUACCAAUAUCAAUACCAAUGCCAAUACCAAUACCAAUACCUAUUCCAAUACCAAUAUCAAUAACAAUACCAAUACCAAUAGUAAUGGUUUUAAUGGUAAUAAUAUUGACAAUGGUAGUUUAAAUAAUAAUAAUUUUAAUAAUAAUAGUAAUAAUAUUGACAAUGGUAGUUUAAAUAAUAGUAAUAACAUUGACAAUUGUAGCUUAAAUAAUAAUAGUAAUAAUAAUAAUAAUAGUAAUAGUAAUAGUAAUAGUAAUAAUAAUAAUAAUAAUAAUAAUUAUUAUAAUAAUAAUAAUAAUAAUAAUAAUAAUUAUAAUAAUUAUAAUGGUAGUUAUAAUUGUAAUAACAAUAAUAAUAGUUACUAUUAUAAUAAUAAUAGUAGUAAUAAUAAUAAUAAUAGUUAUAAUAAUAAUAAUAAUUAUUAUAAUAGUAAUAAUAAUAAUAAUAAUAAUAAUAAUAAUAAUAAUAAUAAUAAUAAUAAUAAUAAUAAUAAUAAUAAUAAUAAUAAUAAUAAUAAUAAUAAUAAUAGAUAUGAUUGUAAUAAUAAUAAUAAUUAUAGUAAUAAUAAUAGUAAUAGUAAUAGUAAUAAUAAUAGUAAUUAUAGUAAUAAUAGCUAUGAUUGUAAUAAUGAUAAUAAUAAUAAUAUUUUUAGUAAUAGUAAUGGUCAUAAUGAUAAUGACAUUGGUAAUGAUUUCGAUAAUGAUAAUGAUAAUGAUUCUUAUAUUGACGAUGAUAACAAUGUCUAUGAUAACAAUGAUGGUGAUUACAAUAAUAAUAAAAAUAAUAAUUAUAAUAAUAAUAAUAAUAAUAAUAAUAAUAAUAAUAAUAGUAAUAAUAAUAAUAAUAACAAUAAUAACAAUAGAAGUAACUAUUAUGGUAAUGAAGAUAAUAAUAUAAAUUGCAUUGAUACCAAUGGAAAUGGCAAUGGUAAUAUUUAUAGUUGCAGUAAUAGUAAUAGUAAUAGUUAUAGUAAUAGUAAUAGUAAUAGUAAUAGUAAUAGUAAUAGUAAUAGUAAUAAUAAUAGUAAUAAUAGUAAUAAUAGUAAUAAUAGUAAUAGUAAUAGUAACAAUAACAUUAAUAAUAAUAAUAUUAAUAAUAAUAAUACUAAUAAUAAUAAUAAUAAUAAUAGUUAUAUUUGUAAUAAUAAUAAUAAUAAUAAUAAUAAUAAUAAUAAUAAAAAUAAUAAUAAUAAUAAUAAUAAUAAUAAUAAUAAUAAUAAUAAUAAUAAUAGCCUAUAUGGUAAAGAUAAUGAAGGUUUUAGUAAUCAAAUAAAUGAUAAUUUUAAUUUUUAUAAAUCACAAGGAAAUAAUAUUUUAGAAGAUUUUAAUUUAAAUAAUUUUCAAACUAAUGAUAAAAUACUAAAAGAAAUGAUUGAUAAAUUAAAUAAUUAUGGAAUAUCAAUAAAACCAAAAAUUGGAAAAGGUAAUAGCCAAAUGAUUGUUAAUGAAGGAGAAAGAGAGAAUAAAGAGAGAUUAUUUUGGAGUGUAUUUAGAGAUAAAUCAUUACUAGAUAAAAUAGUGUCUUAUUUAGCAGAGUGUAUUCAAGGGAAACCAAAGUUAACAUCAUUUAAAUACUAUAAUAUAGUACAUAUUAAAUGGAUGUUGGAUAAUGAUUAUAUUGAACUAAUUCAAGAUAAAGUUUUUAGAAAUGAAACUCUAUUAUUUGGAGCCUAUAAAUCUGAAGACAUGACAAAGGAAGAGGUAGUUUCAAUUUUAUUUAAAAAAGUUAAUCAAAAGAAUUGUAAGAAUUCAGAAGAGAUUGAAAAACAAUUAAAAUUCUAUCAACUAUUGGUUCAUAGAUUUGGUAAUGAAAUCUUUAAAGGAAUUAAUGGUGGAAUUCAAGGCUUGCUUGAAUUGGCAAUCACAGCAAAGAAUUCAAUUGCUUUGAUAGUAUUAUUUUCAAUGAUUGAAUCAAAUUACACUCUUACUGAUGAAAUUCUUUUAAAUUCAUUUAAAUGUACUAUCAAAGUUAAUUCAUUUUCAAUGAUUAAAUUGAUAACAUUUAAAAUCAUUAAAAAGGAUUAUCAAAUCAUUAGAAACUAUCAAGAAGUAACCAAUACAACAUUUGAACAAAUCUUUCAAAGUAUUAUCAAUCCAUCGAUUAAAAUUAUCAAUUUUUUAAUUGACAUAGGUAUUGUUAUGUUUUCUUUCAAAAGAGAUGAUUCACCACCAAUUUGUUUUGAUUCAAUUCUUGUUAAAUCAAAUAGUAAUACACUUGCAUCGGAAAUUAGUACAAGAAAAAAGAAUUUAAGAUUUGUUAAAGAAUAUAAAACAAUCAUUGGUGAAAGUGGUUUCAUUAAUUCAAAUUGUGGUGUAAUUUCAAUUGAAAUGGAUAAACAUGAACCUCAUCCAUCAAGACCAUCAAUUUUUAAUAAAAAUUCAUUAAAAGAAAUUAUCAAUGCUUGUUACUUGAAUAUAAAUUUCAAUUAUGAUAAAAAUUCACCAUUGUUAAAAAGACAGAUUGAAACUUUGUUUUUAUUCUAUCCAGUAUUUUAUUCAACAGUUGAAGUAAUCUCAAUAAUUACCAAUAGAAUUGAAGCAGUUAGAAAUUGUUUUUCAAAAGAACAAUUAUCAUUAAAAUUAAAACAUUUAAUCAAGAUUUAUCCAGAAGAUUCAAUCCAAUUUAAAGGUAUCAAUUGUUUAGUUAGCUUUUAUCUCUCUUUUGAUUUUCAAUCAAAGUUUUAUUGUUUAUAUCUUCACUAUUUAAUAUUUGGAAAUUUCAUUAGUAAUAUCAAUUCCGAUGUUUUAAAUGUACUACCAAAGGAUUUCGAUUUAAAUUAUUUUGAAAAAUCAUUAAAAUAUGGUUCAAGUAUUUAUUGUGCAAAAUUUAAAAAUGAAAUCGCAAGAAAUUUCCCAAAAUUGGUAAAAGAUAAAAAGUUUUUCAUAUUAUUCAAACAUUGUGAUAAGAAUUCAGUAGCAAGUAGAUAUAAAAAAUUGGAAUUUUUUAGAACGAUUAUAAAUCAACAGAGUCACUCAACUGAAAGAUGUAAUUUUGCUUUGUUUUGUUUAUUAAUUAGUACAAAUGAUUUAGAAUUGAUUGAAGCAGCUUGUAAUGAAUUUACAGUAUUUAAAGAAGGAUUUUCUUACGAUUUUCGUGAUAAACAAUCAAACCUUUAUAAAUAUUGUAAUCAAAUGUAUUUUAAAGUUAAAAUCACCAUAAUUGAUUUCAUAAAGACAGUGGAAGUCUCUCAUUUUACAUUACAAAACUAUCUUUAUCUUUUCAAGGAUUUUGAAAAAGAUUUUCAAGUUAAACAUUUCAAAAGUUCAGAAGUUUUCAUUCACUAUUGUCAAACAUUUUUAUCAAACUAUAGAGGAAACAAUGGUCAACUUGUUUUCAUUGAUACUCAUGUUGGUGAUAAUAUGGAUUUAAAAUCCUAUAAUUCAUUUUGGAAUAUCGUUGCCUUUUUAAUAAGAAAUCCAUUAAAUAUUAAUUUUAAAAUUAUUGAUCCAUAUACUUUAUUUUUUAAUAUAACUUUAAAAAUUUCAAAUAUUAAUGUUGAUAAUAAUAAUAAUAGUGCUGUUAUGAACUCAAAUCAAAGAGAUUAUGAAAUUUUUAAUAAUAUAUUCGAAAAUAUAAAAUAUGUAAUUACAAAUUAUCAACCAAAUGGAUAUAUAGUUUAUUAUAAGCCAUCAAGUUUAUUUGGAGGUGAUUUAUAUUGGUGUAAUAAAUUAAUAGAUUGGAUAUUUGAUAAUGCAAAAGAUGAUAUCAUUAAUAAACGUUGUAAAAUUGAAGAGAGUGAUUUAAUCAAAUGUGGAAAAUUUAAUUAUUUAUUCUAUGAACGUGGUUAUUACUACUUUGAUUCAAUUAGAAACAGAUAUUUACCAUUUUCAGGUCACCCAAUUUUAGAUUCUGGUAGAUUAGGUAACAUCAAUCUUUUACAUUUAUUUUUAAAUACUAGUGGAUUACAAAUCUUUGAAAAAGAAGCCAAUAGAGAAGAUAGAGUUAGAAAACAAAAAGGAAAAAAAGAUAAAGAAUCAAGUAGUAGUGGUAGUAGUAUAGGAAAUCCUUCCUCAAGUGGUGGUAGUGAUUUUUAUAAUUUAGAUGAUAGCGAAAAUGAAAGUGAUAGUGAAAAUAAUAAUGAAAUAGAAGAUGAUAUGAAAUCAAUUUAUAGAUUUAAAGAAGAUUUUACUUCAAUAUUGAUGAAUGCCUCAAGAUAUGGUAGACUCAAUAUUUUUCAAUAUUUAUAUUUUAAUUAUCCUUUUUUAGUUUCAAAAAGAUCUUGGAUUGCUGCUGAUAAUUUAGUUUCAAAAGCAACACGUUUUGGCCUCCUUCAAAAUACUACUUUUCAAAAUAUAGGUAAAACUGCCGAAGAUAAUGAAAAAGAAAGACAAAAUGAUACAAGAAAAAAAAGUUAUUGUAAUUUACCAAUAAAGGUAAAAGAAAAAGUAGAAAAAUUAUUUUGGAGAGUUUUUAAAGAUAAAUAUCUUUUUAGAGAGAUAUUCUCAAAAAUUUCUAAUUGUAGACCAAGUAAUGAAAUUUAUGGAAUUUCCAUUUUUAAAUAUAAAGAUAUAAUUCAUUUUUCAUGGAUGAUUGAAUUUGGUUAUUUUGAAUUAUUAAAAUAUAAAAUAAAAAGAAAUGAACUAAUUCUUUUUUCAGAUCAUAGAUCAAAUGGAGAGAUUGUUAUGAAAAGAGAAGAAAAUUUUAAAAUAAAAUAUUUUAAAUUUCUAUUUAAAUUUUUCAAUGGUUCAUCAAAAGAGAAUCAUAAUGAAAUUAUUUUAUUUUAUCAACAAUUAUUUAAAAACUAUUAUAAACAAAUUGAAAAAGAAUUUAAAAUCUCAGAAUUAAUUAAUGAAUCAAUAAAUGAGAAAUGUAUUGAACCAUUGAUAGUAUUAAUAGAACAAUUGAAAAUCACUGGUUUUGGAUUAGAUGAUUCAUUAUUAGCAAUUGCAAAAACAAGAUCAUUAAAAUUUACAAAAUUAAUUGUAUCACAAGUUAAAAAUUUUAGAAACUCUGAUGAUUUUGGUUUAGAACAACCAUUAACAAAUUAUUUAUUAGAGAAUUUAUAUAAUCCACCAUUAAAAAUUAUAAAUUAUUUAUUAGAAUCAAAUAUAAUAACUUUGGAAAAUGUAAAACUAUUAGUAAAUUCAGGUAUCUCAAAUUUAAUAUUAAAUAAUAAUUUUGAAAUAACAUUAGAUAAACCAAAUUAUAAAAAAAGAAAGAAAAUAGAUGAUGAUCAUGAUGAUGAUAAUGAUGAUGAUGAAGAAGAAGAUGAAGAAGAUAUUUAUACAUCAGAUACAGAGAUUAAUAGAAAUACAAUAUUUUUAAAAUCAUUAUUAAAAAAUAGUAAAUUUUUAAAAGAAGAUUUAAAAAGUAAAGGUUUAAAAUCAAUUUUUAAUUAUUCUCUUAAAGAAUUAAUAAAUUCUUGUUCUAUUAUUAUAACAUUUGAUUUAAAACAAAGAAAUAAACAUAGACAUCAACACCAACAUCAACAUCAUCAAAAUAAAGAUCAACAACCUAUUUUUAAAACAUCAAAAUCAUUAAUAAAUACAAUGGAAGAAAUUGAAAAUAUAAAAAAAAAGUUUUCAAAAGAAUUAUUAAAUACUAAAAUUAAAUUAAUAUAUAAAAAUAAUGGGCAAGAAUUAUCAAAUGAUAUUAAAUUACUAUUGGAACUUUAUUUAUCAAUAGAUUCAUAUUCAAAAAGGUAUUGUAACUUUAUGUUUCAUUAUAUUUAUACCUAUCAAAAUCAAGAUAAUAUUUGUAUUAGUAAAAAUAACUUUUUAAAUCAAGUUUAUUUAAAAAAGUCAUUAAUCUAUGGAUCAAGUUAUUAUUGGGUAAAAAAUAUAAAUAUUACUUCAAAGUAUAUUUUGAAUAUUAUUAAAUUAAAAAAUGGCAAUUUAAAUUUAUUAUUCAAACAUUGCCCACAUGAUAGUAAGAAACAAAUCGAUUUUAUUAAACAAAUUUAUAAUAAUUGUUCAAAUCAAAAUAGGUUUCUAUUAUUUUACCUUUUAAUAGAUUUUGAUGAUUUAAAUUUAAUCAAAUUUGUUGAUAAAAAUUACUCGGAUUUAAGUAAAAUUAUAGUUGAAUAUUCAGUUUUUAAUGAUCUUAAAAUUCAAAGGUUUAUUAAAUCUGAAAGAAUGCUAAGAUAUUGUGUUAGCAAUCAUUUCGAUCAUUUCGAUUAUAUUUAUACUUCAAAUAUACCAACUCAAGUUUGUGAUUUCUUUGGGUUUUGUAAUACCGAAUUAUUAGAAUUACAUGACAGAUUAGUAUUAGCAGCAAUACAUAGGAAAAAGCAAAGAUAUCAAAUUAAUGAUUCUUCACUGAUUGAGCAACAACAUACUGAUGAUGAUGAUAAUAAUAAUAAUAAUUCAGUGAUGAUAAUGAAAAAUGUAACAAUCUCAAGUCCAAUGAAAUUUAUAAAUAGUAUAGUUGGAUUUGGAGUUGACUUUAAAACAUUUUAUGAUUAUAUUAAAAUGUUAAGAUAUGUAGUUGAAAAUAUACAUAAAAAUUACAAUGUAAUUCAAGAUGAAUCAGUAUUAAGAAUGGUUGCAUUAUCUGGUGAUUGUACAAAUAAACAAUUUAAAAUGGUUUUUACUGAUAUUAAAUUCAUUAUAAAUAAUACAAAAGUAUCCUAUUAUCCAUAUGAUUUAUUUAAAAAGCCAUCUCAAUUAAAACAAUUUUUUGAUUGGAUUUUCUUAGAGAGGCCUCAAGAUUUACAAGGUAUUGUUAAAAGAUGUCAAUGUGUACCAGUGGUAUUGUAUAAAGCUGGUAAUAUAAUUAACCUACUAGAGAAAGGUAGUGACAAUUUUUAUCAAGAAAGUCCAGAUGAUCUAUUACCAAAUUCAAAUUCAUUUAAAAAGGUUUCAAAAGAAAUUGGUAGAUUAGGUGAUGUAGUUUCAUUGGAAUUUUUUUUACAAUUAAUUGGUAUUCCAAUAAUUGGAAAAUCAAAGGAACCAUCAACCGAUCUUCAUGAUUUUAAUAUGUUAAAAGAAAACCUAAUUGAAAUAUUAAAAAAAGCAUCUUCAUUUGGGAGAAUAAAUAUUUUUCAACAUUUAUACAAUAAUCAUCAAAAUUUAUUAUUAAAAAAGUCUAAUUCAAUGGCAGGAUUUCUUUCAAAUCUUGAUUAUCAAAUUAUUUUAAAUAAUGCUAAAGAUAAUCAUAAUAAUCACAUUUUUGAAUUUAUUAAAAACCUUAUUGGUUAA